AAUUAACAUUUUGAAAAUUUCAAAAUAAAAAGAAUAGAAGCAGAAUGGAAAGGGUCCUCGAAAAGCUCAUGGAGGGCGUCGAUGAGCUCCGCUUGGUCAACAUCAACAGGCAGAAUAACGACAGUUUCACCGUGUGCGAAGAAAAGAAACUGUCGUCGUCUUCGAAAUCGGGAGAAUUGGACGGAUGCGAAGUAAUGUUCGAUUCGAUUUUAUGUUGGCCCCAAACGCCGCCGAAUACAACUGCUGUCCUUCCAUGUUUUGAUCAAUUUAAUGGAAUUAGGUAUGAUUCAAAAAACAACGCAACCAGAUUUUGUAACUCCGAUAAUACUUGGGAUAAAUAUGCCGAUUUUAAAAAUUGCACGGAAUUAAUGGAAGAGGAGCACGAAGUCGAAUUAACCACUACGAUUUAUUUAUGCGGAUAUUCAAUAAGUUUGGUCGCUUUGAUAAUUGCAGUUUAUAUUUUCAUCAGAUAUAAAGAUUUAAGAUGUUUACGUAACUCGAUCCAUAUGAAUUUGAUGAUCAGCUAUAUUUUUUCGAAUUUCAUCUGGAUCCUUACGUUAUUGGUACAGGUGUCUUUGCCCUCAAGCAAAGUUUCCUGCGUGUUCUUACUGCUUCUGCUGCACUAUUUCCACCUCACCAACUUCUUCUGGAUGUUUGUCGAAGGUUUAUACUUGUACAUUCUCGUCGCGAAGGCUUUCGCCGGUGAAAAUAUAAGAUGGUGUUUGUACGCUUUCAUCGGUUGGGGAGCUCCGGGGAUAUUCGUCGUAAUAUGGGGGAUCGCGAGAACUAUAUCGAUAUUCUUGGAAGACUGGGAUAAUCGUGAACUGCAACAUCAACGUAACGGAAUUAAGACCUGCCCCUGGGCACCACAUCCUCUAGAUUGGAUCUAUCAGCUGCCAGCGGUUCUCGUAUUACUGGCAAACCUCAUCUUUCUCUUCGUAAUCAUGUGGGUAUUGAUCACCAAACUUCGAUCCGCAACGAACGUCGAAACUCAACAAUACAGAAAAGCAGCAAAAGCACUCCUCGUACUAAUUCCUCUGCUGGGUAUAACUUAUAUAUUGAUGAUAAUGGGGCCUACGCAGGGCGUUUCGAAGCAGAUUUAUGAAUAUGUACGCGCUGGAAUGUUGUCGAUUCAGGGAUUUUCCGUUGCAUUCUUUUACUGCUUCAUGAACGCCGAAGUAAAAAACACCGUUCAACAUCACUUUAGAAGUUGGCAUACAACCAGAUCGUUAGGUUCGAGACGAACUCGAUAUAGUAGCCGAGAUUUCUCAUCGCCCAAAUUCAAGGAUAGUUUAAGAUUAUACCACGCGGGUGGUCUAUUUAAGAAGAGAGAAUCCGCAACAUCCGUAGGUACAACAACUACCCUUAUCUCAAUUCCAACACACCGAAACAGCUCCCCUCAAAUUCGUUGCCCUCUUCUACCACCUGCUACGAAUGAAACCGGCUGAGAACGGCAGCCACGGGAGGAUCGCAGGUUAACAAUGGAUAUUCUUCUCGAAGAAGAAAGUAUGUUACAACUCGACGAGAUUUCCCGUGGCAAUGGAAACGUGAUUGCCGAAACAAAUGUGGAUGAUAAUGAAAAUGAAAUGUAAAAGAAUGAUGGGUCCAAAGAUUCAAAAAGAAAUCCUUCCGAAUUUAUAUUAUUUUUAAUUUUACAAUUAUU